AUGGCUUCAUCUCAAGAUGAAGACGGAUCGAGUCACGGCAAGAACAAAAGUGUGUCGAUUGAGGAACUUAGUCAUGAUUUUAUUAGUGAACAAAUCGGAAAGGCUUUGGAGAAUUUCUCUCCAUUUAUCGUUAAAAAGUUAAACGAGACCCUUGAGGGCGCAAUGAGUGAUUCGAUCGCUAUCAAGAUAAGGGAAGAAGUUGCCUCCGCGAGCUUCACCAUUGCUAACCCGCCCAAAUACAAUGGGGAUCCUGACCCGAUUGUGAGCACAAGGUGGGUAAACGAGGUUGAAGGAGCCUUUCGCAUCACAAAGACUCCACCGGAAGAUAAGACCUUGUGUGGGUCAAGCUUGUUGUGUGAUAGGGCUAAGCUAUGGUGGGAUGUAGAGAUUGUUAAAAGGGGUGAGGAUGCAACGGUGGGUAUGGAAUGGGCUGAUUUCAAAGUGGCCUUCUUUAAAGAAUUUCGAUCAGAAGCCGAUGUGACUAGGCUUAGAAGCGAGUUUAUGAAUGACUCGCAAGGCACUUUGAAUGUAAACGAGUUUCGGGUACAAUUUGUGGACAAAGCUCAAUUUUGUCCGGAAUAUUUGAAAGACGAUCAGUUGUUAAAGGAGCAUUUUUAUCGCAAACUUCGCAAGAGCAUUCGAGAGAGGAUUACGUUACUUCAAAUCGAAUCGUUUACACAAUUGGUUGAUGUGGCUAGGUGGCAUGAGGUUGAGCAAGGUAUGCCGGAUGAUGAGACCUCCAAGAGAAAGACGGAACAAAGUAACUCUCCAAACAAGAAGUUCCGGUCUAGUGGUAGUUCGGGGGGUGGUUCGAAUAGGAAGAACAUUCCCACUUGCAACAAUUGUGGGAAACAUCAUUCCGGAGUUUGUUUAUUACCGUCUAAGAAAGGAUGCUUCAAUUAUGGCCAACCGGGUCACAUUAGCUGA